AUGGCGUCCUUAGAAGUAUAUGCCUCUGAUAUCACCCGAGAGACUGAGGCCGUGUCAUCUCCUCAGGGAUCGUCUCUUUAUGGCAGCCUCAAGAUAUCUGGUAACCAGAUCAGGCUACUGACAAUCACGUCGACCACGCCAGUGAUAUCGUGUGAAAUGGAUAUCACUGAGCUUCAUGAUCAUUUACCAUUCAAUGCGCUAUCCUACGUCUGGGGCGAUCCUAAAGUUACCGAGAUUAUCCUUGUGAACGGACACGAAUACCCAGUAACAACAUCUUUGGCCUCGGCUUUGAGAUGCGUUCCGCAGCACCUCAGUCAAUCGAAACACGCCGCCGGCCAUAAAUUAUGGGUGGAUGCGAUCUGUAUUAACCAAGCUGAUGAUGCUGAGAAGAGCCACCAAGUUGCCAAAAUGGGAGAAAUCUAUUCCCAAGGCGCACUUGUUCUCUGUUGGCUGGGACCCCUAAGUGAUUCGAUAGGUGCUGCCAUCGAUGUUCUUUUGAGUGAUAUUCCCGUUGUGCAAAUGUGGAAAGCGUUUAAGGAGCUUAAUGAUUUGAAGCAACUUCUAGUCGCCGAUAAAAAAUCCGCAAUGCCUAGGCUAGUUGUAGAUCUCGAGAUUUAUGAGCUCGCGAACGCACUUGAACACGCGACUACAGUCAUUGUACGGGCACUACAAGGGCCAUAUGGUUCGGAACUAGGCUUUUGCCGAAAUGACCUGAUCAGGGUACAUCGGGAAGUCGCAGAUUGGCAUGACCGACUCCAAAGACAGGCCAGCAAGCUUGAUGCCAAUGUGAUCAAUGACUCCCAACCAGUGAAUUUUCUGUUGGAACUGGUGUCUUCUAGGGUUCACAAGUUCCAACAGAUAGUCAAAGAGUUCCUUUUCCAAGUGGUUGCUGAUGAAGGGUACGGUCAUAUAUUAUGGCUUAAGGAGUAUCCUUCGCUCUGCACAGUGGAGGAAAUAGUUGGGGAAUGUCACCGAGGUCCCGCUCAACCACUUUUCGACCUUCCAUACUGGAGCCGCAUAUGGAUACGACAAGAAAUUAUUCUCGCAAAACAAGCAGUUUUCAUUUGUGGGCCUCGAUCAUUUUCACUUCAGACGUUGGAAUACUUUUCAGCUUGGUUGGGAUGGAUCUUGAGUCCAUUCAAUUCUGUUUGGCUCCAGAAAGAAAAGCUUUUCAAGCUGGGAUUGGCAUACCAACAAAACUGGAAGCUUCUACAUCACAUCGUUGAAAGUCGUCGAAACCAGGGACUUCCAGUCGGCGAUUGGUUGAGCCAAAGUCAUUUCAAGACCAAUGUCUGGUGCCACUCAUCAGACGCUCGUGCGACCAACCCCAAAGAUUAUUAUUACGGCUUUCUCGGUAUUACAAAGCUCAAAAUUAUCCCUGAUUAUAGCUCAAGCAAGUCUAUCGGAUCUAUCAGCAGGGAAUUCAUGAGCGAAUAUCUCAAAGUCUACCGUGAUCCAUCAUCAUCCAACGAUCCCUUGGGAGGGCCCCUCGGCCUUCUUAUGUUUGCGGGAGUUGGUUAUGGCUGGGAAACAGACCCUGAUAUGCCAUCAUGGGGUCCAAACUUCCCCGGAGAGGCAAAAUCAAAGCCAUCUUCCAGGGGGGAUGCAGAUGCAGUGGUUUCCCCAGGGGACAGGGAUAUUGAGAGUAUUUUUGAAAAAGAACCUCAGGAAAGAAUAACCGGUCCCGACAUGGAGGUUACACUAUAUAUCCUGGAUCGCAUCGAAAUGAUAGGCCCAAGAGUCUCUGACUACGGAAGACCCGAGCUUCGCCAUACAAAAGGCUUGCCAAUAACCUGGGCCUUGGACUUUGCCCUACGUCAUGCGAGCUACGUAUCAGGGGGCCACCCAUUGGCUGCUUUGCGUCAUGUCCUUGAGCCAUUUGGGACUUCUGACAGUAAAGAGACUGAUUUCCCUAUCGAAAACGGUCUGGAGCUUCUGAAGUUUUUGUGUCAUUUCAAUCGUCAAUCUUUGGAGCUUAAAUCGUGCUCUAGAGCCACGUUGGCCCGUCUUUGCUACGUGGAGGAUUUUUUUACACAAGUUCCCGUGAGUGUUUCUUCUCUUACUUUGUGCCCUUGCCUAACUAUCAAGGAUCCCGAUGACCAUGAUGACUCGGACGCAUACACGAAGGCAUGUCGCUACAUUGAAAUCCUCGGCGCCAAGUGUAAGCCGUACAACCAUGCUAUAGCAGAGACAAAGAAAGGCUAUGUUGGGAGGUUUCCCCCGAGGAUACAGGAGGGCGAUUUGGUUUGUCUACUCAAUGGCCUCAACCAAGUAGCCGUUCUGCGGCAAGCUGGUAAGCGUUAUCAGUUUAUUGGGACGUGUUUUGUCGCGGGGUUGACAAAAGUCAAACCUAUUAAGUCAUUAAUCGAUCUCUAUAGCCUGAAGGCCAAGAGGGUCACUUUGAGGUAG